AUGGAACGUCCCACAGAGGCGCGUCUGCGCACUCAUCGAACUAGGCACGUAGCUCUUAUUCCCAAAGCCGUCAAAGGUUCAGGCCUUACUGUAUACGUCGGCGACGAGAAGAAGCUCUUCACUGUGCACAAAGAUCUCAUCUGUACCUUCUCCGCGUUCUUCCGCAAAGCCUGCAUGCCUCCCUGGAAGGAGUCGGAAGGUGUGAUUCACUUCACCAUGACUUCGCCAGAUACAUUUGAGCUCUACGUGCAAUGGCUUUACACCAGCGACAGCGCAACACUCCAUGACAACAAACUCACGAACAUGGCUGAAUUUGAAAAUGCUUACGUACUGGGCGACAUAGUGAUGGACCCAUAUUUCAAGAACGUCGUCAUGGAAGCCUUAAUCAAAAGAGUCACCAAAGAAGCUAAAUAUACCCUUAGCCUCACUUCCAGAAUUUGGCGCAAUACGAUGCCGAAAUCGCCACUCAGGGCCUUCUACCUCGACUUCAUUGCCUACCGCAGCGGAACCGAGUGGCUCGAUAAGAAAGAGGGAGACGCAGUCAGGGCCCCGCUAGAGUUCUGGAUGGAUCUCUCGAAGCACAUGCUCAAGGUCAGAGCUAACGAUGCUCGCAACAACCGGGUCAGUGGUACAGAUAGUCUGUGGUGGCUGUCGCCAAGGCUUAGGGAGAAGUACUUCGAGUGGCCUGAGAAGUAA